CUGUGAGUUCACGACUCCACUAAUACACACUUGCAAUCAUGACGAACGCCCUUAGUCGCAUCCUGACGCCUGUUGACUGCACCUGCAAAGAUUUCAAUCAUCCAUGGACGGAUAGCUGUGCAAAUGCGUCAGCGGGCAUCUUACUGGGCGCAAUACCAUACAGCUUGCGCAUCUACACAUUUGUCUAUGCGUUAUCACUCAUAAUGCGCCAUCGCUUACCAAACCUUACCGACCUUAAACGCACCCUACUCGGCAUAUUGCAAUCGUCCGCCUUCCUCGCCUUCAAUAGCUAUUCAUUCAUUAUGUUUAAUUGCCUGUUACGUAAAUUAAUCGGUCACUAUUAUUGUGCCACUGUUGCUUUCGUACCCUGUUUUAUCUCCAGUUUUGCGUCGAUACUGGUCGAACGACCAGCACGUCGUCCUCUGUUAACACUGUACGUAGCGAAUUUGGCUACGGAGACGCUCUGGCAAAUGGCCGAGGUACGCGGUUAUGUGCGUUCGAUACCACAAGGACAAGCUCUAAUCUUCGGCAUUAGCAUAUCAACACUAUUAUAUCUCUAUCGUUUAGGUCUCCAUAAGACGACAUGUAAAGAUUCAUUAUUCAAUAUAUUACGUUUCUUUGUUGGUAAAACGGAAGAAGGACCGAUCGUGCCGAAAGAGCCGGUGGCGCCUACACCGCAACGAUUGCGUGCACCACUCGAUUUCCGAAGCAUAAAUAUAUUGGUCCUGCUGUAUGCACGCUUUUUGGAUGCGGCGAAGAGUCGACACCCCUCAUGUCCACAUCGUGAUAAUUGUUGGCAUUAUGCGUUUGUGGGUGGUCUCAAGCCUUUCGUCGGCGGUGUGGGUCUGCAAGUGGCAUUGCGUUUAAUUAGGAAUUUAAAGAAAAUUGUACAAAUGAAAUUCGAUGUGCGGAAGUCUAUAUUUAAUAAGCAGACACUGGAUUUGGGAAUAUUAUUGGGUUGCUUCUCAUUCAUAUACAAGGGUGUUUCGUGUACCUUGCGGCAUAGCUUUGGACGGGAUGAUCCACUCUUCGCCAUACCAGCUGGUCUUUUGGCCAGCGUGUCCUUCACUAAAUAUCCCGAUGUAACGGUGGCAUUGUAUGUUAUGUGGAAAGCAUUGCAAAUAAACUACAAUUUAGGCAUUAAGGAAGGCAUUCU